AAAUUUGAAAGCUGUUUUCUUUUGAAUUUGGCUUCUCCGUAGCAAAACAAGCAAAACGUGCUCGCGUCCGUGUUAGAAUUUGUUCGGUCUUAAAAAGUUGGUGUUCUCCGUAAAUUUUCCGUUGUUUAAAACUAAACACACAAAAUGGAGAAGUACGCCGUGCCGAACAAGCUGCCCGCGGAAGAAAUAACCAUCCUAGCACAGCGCCGUUCCCGCAUCAAGCGAGAAGCCAACCAGUGGGUUCGGAAGCCACUGCCGGAAAACCGUAAGACGAAAUUCUGCAAGCCCGAGUUUUUCAUUGCCGAUUGCCGCAAGGCGGAACGUGACACCAAGCGAAUCAAGCGGAAUUUCCUCAAAACUGGCGUCCAGCUUAAGAAUCAUGAAAUCCAGCACGGCCGGUUGAUCCUGGUGUUCCGCCACCGAGGAAAAUACAUCGCCAACAAGGAAGUGAUGCACAUGUUGACCAAACUCGGUCUGCCGUACAAACGUCGGGCGGUGCUGCUCAAGCUGACCGAAGGUGUUCACGCGAUGCUUAAGAUGGUGGAACCGUGGGUCAUCUGGGGCUAUCCGAACAUCACCACCGUUCGAGAGCUGCUGUACAAAUAUGGUCUGUUUACACCCGCGAACGGGGAAAAGGGUCCGAAGAAAAUACCGAUUGCUUCCAACAAACUGGUGGAGGAAAAAUUCGGCCAUCUGGGCAUCAUUUGCGUGGAAGAUUUGCUCCACGAGCUGCUUACGGUGGGACCAAACUUCACCCAAGUCACUAAGCUGCUGCACACCUUUGAGCUUCGAUCGCCCGUUGAUGGUUGGAAGACAGCCCGCAGGGGUAAACUGCGAUCGCUAGGAGGUGAAGCGGGUUUUCGAGGGGACGAUAUUAACGAUUUCUUCAAACGGUUGCUGUAAGAUCCGACAAUGCACCUGUAUUUAGGCUUAAGUUUAAUUAUGAUUUUCGAUGUUUAAAUACACAAUUGGAAAGAUUA